GUUUAAAUGUUAUCUCGGGAAGACAAUAUUUUGGAAGCGAAGAAGGAGUAUGGGGGUAUUAUGACAGUAAAGGAGAUUAUUAAGUACUCAGUCAUAGGCGGUGUCAUAGGGAAGGUCUUUUUUCAUAAUCAUGGUGGAAGGCAUCAUUAUGGAUGGGGAAGACAUAAGAAAGAGUGGACUGAAGCUGCAAAGAAGCACGGUCGUGAAGAUUGGAAGAAAUUUGAAAAGGAGUUUAUGGAUAAGGCCAAAAUGACUGAGGAGCAAUUCAUGAAGUAUAGAAAGCAGUUUAGAUACCCGAGGAGAACUCCUGGAUUCAAAGGUGUUGGCAUAAUGAUGCUUGUUGGAGCUGUAUAUGGCUUCUUCUCCUCAUCCCACUACUACAUCGGGUCAAAAUAUGGCGUUGACCCAAAAGAGCUUCACUCUCAGUACAACCAGUGCUGGCAGCACAAAAGAAGCCCAAUGUCCUACCCAGUUUCUGAAAAUCCCUCUUAUGACCAAAUCUCCCAACCUAGCAAUCUAGAAGAUCUCAAGCCUAAUCCUAGUAUUCAAUAGCUCAUAAUGUCACGUUCACUCA